AGCUAGCAUGGAGCUCUGACUCUCUUCCUCCUGUUUCAGCUCAUUCAGACUCCACAGCAGACUGUCCUAAUCAGCUGAAUCAAAACAAUCAUUAACUAACCUCUUGUUGCCUCUUCUUUUUUUUUUUUAACUCAGCACACAACAGCGACUGUGCCUCUAGAUAACACCUCAGAGCCAAACACGUCCCUCCUGUGUCAUCAUCCCCUUCACACUACUCCAGAUUAAAAAUCAGGACCUCAGACUUUUUCUGCUCUACUUUUUGCCUCUUAAUGUGAAUCUGGCUUGCAGAUCUUCUAAUAAAUCCUGCACUCUAUCAGGGCUUUUAUCUCCAAAUGAUAGUUCUGGGUACAUUGACUUCUUUGCUUUGGUGCAUUAGUCCUCUGUACAGAGAUGUUAUUUAACAGUAAUGUCCACAUGCAGAACAUGGCAAACUCCCAGUGAACUCUCUGAUUUAAGAGUUCAGCUGAGCUUCAUAUGAAAAACAUUUUUGUUUGCUGACAGGUUGUGGAGGUAGAGGAAUCGGCUAAUAAUAUUUAAUUUACCCUCAUGGGUUGUGGCUUAAACACUGACUUAGUGUUGUCAAUGUUGUUGCUUUUACAACUUAAAAAAUGCUUGAUAUUAUGCUUAUGAUAACAGUUUUUUUAGUCUAUCUGAACCGUGGAGCAAGAAAAAAAGAAUCAAAUUACACAGAAAAACAUUUCCUCUCCUAUCUACCUCUUGCUUCAUCACAAAAAAUCUUCCACUUCAUUUAUAAUCCUUUCAAGCAAACCAUAUCAAAUCAGAGUUAUCAACGUCUACCUUGCAUGCAGAGCUAUAAAUAAUGCUGCAAGUCAACAUCACGCCAAUCUCUUCUGUGUUUAUCCUGGCACUUUAACAGUGGAAGGGUAAUAAACCAAAGCUAUUGGUGGUAAUAUGAGCAGUGCCCUCCCAUAGAUUGGGAGGUUACAAACACACCAUGGUUAGGCAGCCUCUGAAUGGUGUCAGGAGGAGGCCAUCUGCUCCUGUUUAUGGCUCAUUAACCCUGCUAUUCCUGGAUAACCAGGGUGCCCCUACAGCAACAGGUACAAGAGCUCUGGCCUAAUUGAUAAGAUGACAUUGAAAAUUGUAAUAGGCUAGGUCUUGUUUUUUUGCUCCAACAUACUCUUAGUUAAAUGAAAUGAGAAGACUGGUGAAUCCUUACCUUCCCAAAAGUCCAUAGGCAUACUGUGAAUCUGCAAGCAGUAAUGUGAUCUCGCCUUUCUGCAUGGACAUGACACACUCCUCCAGGGCCUGCAGGUGUCACAGAAAAACAAUCACUUAACUUUUCAUAUAGUUAUCCAAACUGAGCUUAAUUACAAAUUAGAGUUAAAACGUCACAAUAUUAAUGGCAUAAAACCUCUUGUGGUGAGCUGCUGUAGUGGACUACGACCAUGGACUUAAAUAUCUUAACAACUGACUCAUGGGAUGACUUAAAAAGUAGUCCAUGGUGUCGCCAUUGGCCUAGCAGUCUCCAUGCGUGCCCUAUAUACGGGCCCAGGUUUGAUGCCAUAAACACAAUAAACACAAACAGGAAGUUUCCAACAGGAGCCUCAGGGUAAUGCAGAGGGUUGGGGUUGUGUGUAAAUUUGCAUAAUUAGGGGUACAGAUGACAGGACUGACAGGUGGGUGCCGUGCAGCUGUUUGCCAAGAGGCUAAAAGCUCGCCUCAGCUCUACUGAGCUCACCUAUUUAAACUGACUGAUGGUUAGGUUGAGUCAACAUUACCACCAUGCAACCACCAUCACUGGGCUCCAGACACCAACAGGUGACAUUACUGAGACUAUACGUCUAGUCUUUGUUAGAUGCUUGUUGAAGCAUGUUGUAAAUUCUUUGGCCUAGAUAAAACUUUUAGCCCCAAAUCAGAGUUUGUGGCAUGGCCGGAUUAUCACCAGGUUGGAUUGAAGCCACGUGUGAAAGUUGUUAAAGUUGGGGUUCUAUUUUAGUUUCUAUGCAUCAGUCUGUUUAAAUCAGUUUUAUUUGUAUUUUGUUAAUUUCAAAGCAGGUAACUUCAACUAAAUUUUCAAGACUCCAUAUUAGAGAGGUCUGUCAGUGAAUGGCAGCACUAAGACACCAUCACUAUGUGUCCUUUCCAUGGCAGUCCAUAUAAUUGUGUAACUAAAUAUAAUACUAAACAAACCUGGUUCAAUAACUGCAGUCCAAAAAAUACCUUAGUCAUGUUUAACUACAGUGACAGUCUCUUUAGUUCCUAACAUGCCACAUAAGCUCUUCAUACUGGAGAAAAACGACCCGAUCUGAGGGAAAUCAGGCUGUGGGGUUAAAGGUUUUCACCUGGUUUACAUCGCCCUCCCCGAUAACAAACACAAGCUUGCAGUCCUUUUCCACUACAGUACGGUCCUCCAGGACACACUGCAUCUUUAUAGUGACCUUCUGACCCCAGGUUGGACGUGGUGCAUGAAGGUCCCUUGACUCCAGAACCUUCUUUCUCAACAGGUGAUCCUCUGCGUGAGGAAAGAAGAGUGCAGGUCAUGCAGUGCAAGGUUAAUCUGCUGGUUGUUGGUAAACAUGUGCACAGAAACAGCCUGUUCUCCUUUUGUGACUCUACGUAAAUCUGUGUCAAGGUUGAAAGAGGGAAAUGAAAAAGCACAAGUUAUAUUAGUUUAACUUUGUGAUGGGCACUCUGUCCUUACCUGUGACAUCCUGCCAGUCAUCUGCCAUGAAGAGUUUCUCGAAGGUGGAAGAGGUCCACUCCUCUGUCACGUAUUCUGGAAAGAGACCCUCUGCCGAGCUGUCUCUGUCCGCCACAUCAUCCUCUGUGGACGGGUCCUGGAAUCGAACCAUCUUCCAGCUAUUUGUUUUUCUCAGAUUCCUCUGCUUCUUGAAUACAGGGUCCCCAUUUUCUCCCUCGGGGUCAGAGAGACUUUUCAUUUCAGAGCUGUUCCUCUGUUUUCCACAGAUCUCUGCCUCAGGUGGCUCCUUCACACAUAGCCUUUUGCUUUCCUCUGCGGGCCCAUGAAGCAGCUCGGUGUGACUGUUCUUUUCAGCGAGCUCAGAAAUAGCCUCCUUUACCUCGUGCUCUGUGGGCUCUCCUGCAGGGUUUUUAUGUUCUUCACAACUGGGAUCCAUCUCCAUUUCACCACAGAGAGCGAUGGACACCAUCUGCGCUAGUCCUGAAAAGUGACGAUCCUCCUCAUCCAGCCAGUGUUUCUGCAAAGGAGCAGGUUAGUAGUUCUGUUGUGAAUCUGCUUCAUCCAUCUAAGCUCUUUCAAAAGAAUUUUGCUAUGACGCUGCGUUUACAAAAAUCCAUGUUGUGUUUCCUCUCAGAGUUCAUCCCUGAAAUCCUGGCUUUAUCCACAGCUGUGUAAUAGGUUUGACCUGCCUGCGGUUGCGUAGCUGCCCCUCUGUUGCACCCUGACCUUUGCUUACUUCUGCCUAUCCCUCCUCUGUCAAAGUCCCCAAAGUCCAGGGAUGUGGCGGCAACAAAAAAUGAUCAAUGUAAAGAAACUGUGCAGCGCAUCGAAGCACUCCCAGCCAGUAGGCUUGUGCAGUGGUAAUCUGCCGGAUUAGAAGAGAAAAACCUAAUCUGGCAGAACGUCUGUAAGCUUCUUAAUGACUUCACCGUUGUGCCCCAUAGUGCAGUUUCCAUGAAUGCAAUCGACCAAUAAGAUCUCAGGAGACAUCAGGUCCUAGUCCAAUGUCUUUAUUACACUGAGAGAUUUUUCUGUUUUUUACUUUUUAAGAAGUCAUGUCAGGCGGGAAAAUCUUUCAAGCAGUUUGAAUACAGAUUAAAUAUUCUUUCGUCAUAGGGUAGACCUCUUGAGUAUAAAUAUCUCAACUUUGACUAGACAGAGUUUGGCACUCUGCAAUCCUUUACGAGUACAGUCUGUGUCUUUUUUAUCUCAUUACACAGGUCGAGCAGCUACAAAAAAAAACCCCUCAAUCCUUUGGAGGACCAGAUCCAUAUAGAGUUGACCUUGAGCCAACAGUGAAACUAGCUCUUGCACUAGCCCAGAAUCAACAGGUUCACCUUAGUGGAUCACAGGUAGAGGGCCAAACUCUCACAACUCUUCAGCCCCACCCUUACAUCCAAAUGUAGUCACUAUCGCUUUCAAACGAUAAGCCACAUGAAGUAUCAUAAAAUCAACCCUAAAAAACAGGAUAACAAACCAAUCAUGGGAGUAACGUCCAGUGCUUUUACAGAUAGAAAUAAAUGUGAUGUGGAUAAACAACAGACAACAAUUAGGGCUGGGCGAUAACACGAUAACGAUAUACAUCAAAAAUGUAUUUCCCUCGAUAUCGAUACGUACGAUAUGCUUUUCGAUAGCCAGCAUUCUGACACAUUUUUGGUAGACUAUACGAAUAGCCAAUGAAAAGGAGAGUUGUUCCGAGUCCGCGCCGCACUAAACCAAUCAUGUGCUGAAUUACAACCAAGUAGCAAACAAAUGCAUAAUAGCAGGCUGCAGCUACACGCAACCAUAGCAUUUAACAGGUUAAGCUGAUAUCACUGUCGGUGAAUAAGAAAGAAAAUGAGUGCUAACCCCGGCAGAAAUGCAGAUGAUAAAGGGUCAACAGAUGAUUACAUCGUUGACAACAUUGGCAAGAAAGCGUCGGUUGUGUGGAGAUAUUUUGUUUUUUUUGAGGUCGGACAUGAAGCAGAGUAAUGUGCACCACAAAUUAUGUUGAGUACACGUUCCUGCAAAGUCGGGGAAGAGUAACAGGGAACAUUUAAGAUUGACAAGGGAUUUUUUUAUACUGUGACAUAUUUUGAUAUCAACUGAUAUGAAAAAGAAUAUCUCAUGAAAAACUUUUUCCCAUAUCGCCCAGCCCUAACAACAAUGUAGUUUUAUGUCAGUUAAUGUAAACCAUGUUGCAGCCUUACAGGAUGUUCUGUACUUCUGGGUUUUUGAGAGCGAGUUUUCUUUGCCUAAUUUAAAGUGACCAUCUUUGAGCUUUUGACUGUUGGUAAGACAAACUCAGCACCAACUGCAUCGCUUGUUCACUUUGUAAAUAUCUCCUUUUUCACUUGUAAAUAUUUCUCACACGUUGUAAAUAUUUCUCUUAUAAUUUUGUCUUUUAUAUCUAUAGAUAUAUAUUCAUAUAUUUUUUUCUUUUUUUUGUGUUUCCUUAUUUUAUUGUAUUCCUUCAGGACUAUUGUGUGUUUUAUCUGUACCCCUUUGAGUCGAGUGGUCCUCUCAUCCAGGGCAUUUCAUUGCACUGUUGACCUUGUUUAACAUGCACAUGACAAAUCUUGAAUCUUGAAAAAAAAACACACCCUUUUUCUUUUGCUAUCAGACACUGUUGAGCAUAAUGUUUUUCAAUCACUAACACUUAAAUGAUAGAAAUACUCCUGUAGCAAUCCUGCACUAGUCUUUAAUAUUAUAAAUUCAAUUUUCUCAUGUUGUAUUUGUUAUUUUACAAGUGUUUAUACAUGUUUACAGACGCUUCACUGACGUGAACAAAUAGUCUUAAUUUUUUUCAUUCACUUGUGUGUGUGUGUGUGUGUGUGCAGGUGAAUUAGGCUUCAAAGUGUGUGUGUGGGUUAUUGCAGAAAGACACAUCACUAGCAGAGAUGUGGUUUCAGCUUGAGGCUAACCAAGACAAGAAAUAGAUCAAAGCUCAGAUAAAUACAGGCUGAAAACUCUGAGGGUGCAAAUGGACAGGGUUUGAAUGUGACCUGAAAAGCGAAAGUAAAAUACUUUUCUUCGUGCUUCCUGUACGUGCCUGCGCGCGCGUGUAUGUGUGCUAGCUCCUCCCACUGGCUCGUGACGUUUCAGUCAGAAUGUCGCCAGCAGACUCCUCAGUUGUAGAAAUGGCAGCGCUGAGACAGGAGCAUCGGUAUGGGCUCUCCUGUGGCAAAAUCAACAAAAACACCCCGAACCAGACUCUCUAUCACGUCAAACUCACUGACACUGCCAUCCGGACCCUCGAAGCCUACCAGAACCUGAAGGUAAGACAAUUAUCCGCACGAAGUUUGGAGCGUGUGUGUUUUUUUAAGCUAUAUUUUCAUUUUCUCUGUAGCCUCCCAACUCCGGGACCUGUGAAAUCUUGACUUCAAAGCCAGCUUUUUGUCGUCUUUUUGUCAGUUGAUAAAAAUGAAGUUAUAAUAAAGUGAGCGGAGUGACUUUAAAUGUUGUUGUCACGAGCGUUGGUGUCUGAAAAAUAAUGUUUUAAUACAGUAGAGGACUGGGAAAUUUGAAAUUACUGCUAUUAUUGCAUCUAAUUCAACUUAUUGUGCAAAAUGAGGAUAUUUUAGACAUAUAUGUUUAAAAGUGCGUGUAACAACAGUUUGGAGCAUUCAUAGAGAGAAAGUAGCUACUUCAUGUCGUGUGUCUGCUUGUUUACCAAAGCCUUAUCUCCCGAAAAACUAAAAGGUCGCCUUUUUAAGUUCAGACAAUAAGACAGAGACUGCUGUUCCUACCCUGAGCUUCUGUCUCCACUUUUCUAUACAUUCAUUACUUUUCAUACUCAUUAGCCUAUGUAGAUUAUGAGCCAACACAUGACAGGCAGUCAUUAAAUGUGUUUUUCAAGUUACCCCCCGUUUUUUAAAAGGCUACUGCUCCUUUCGCUCUCGGGAAUGAAUUAAUGAACGAGCUAUCAAGCAAAUUGUGUUUCUCCUCUGAAUCAGGAGACUGUUUCAUUGCUUUUAUGGUCCAUUAGAUUAGACGAAGAUAAUUUUGUCUUUCCGAAUGGCCUUUCCCAGGGCAAUGCUUGAUAAGACAGUCAGUGUCCCGUAGUUAGUACUUCACUAUGGGGAUCAUUAGAUAGAUUCUGAGACGUAUGAAGCGGUAGUUUUACUGUAUGGUCUCCACGGGGCUCAGUAAGUUGUUACUGAGCUCUUGUGUAUUAUUUUUUUUCUUCUUCUGUUUUUCUUUUUUUUUUAUGUCUGGAAGCCCGCCCAGCUCCACAGCUCAUUGGUCUGUGAAGCAGACUCAACUGCAGAGCCCACACAGUCUGACAGCUUCUUCUAGGCUGGAGAGGUUAUUGUUAAAAAGUUUUUUAAAAAUCAAAGACCACCCCAGAAAUGCAGCUCUGCACCACCAGACCUCCACUGUAGCAUGAAACAUUUCCUCUUUUGAAGGACCUAGACAAGUUCUUGUCACAGGAAAUGGUUUAUUUGGACGAUUUUCAUGUAUUUAUUUGUAAGUUGGAGGAGGGGCUUCUUUGACAACAUUUUUGUAAACAUUUUGCUGCUUGCCAAAAUUUCUUUUCAAGGCAUUUUGAUUUUGAUUUUAAAAUAAAACAAAACAACAACACAAUUUUCAUAGUAUACACAUAUAUGUCAAAAAGCAGCUACUCUUGAGUCACAGACUAGUAUAAAUUCUCAAAACAAAUUCGGCCUAUUGUGUUGAUCUAUUUGUCUCUGACAUGUGAGUGCUAUAUGAAGCUAUUAAUUAAGAAGUAAUAAUAAAAAAGAUCAUAGGCGAGGCAUUCAUAUUGACUACUUUUAGGUUGCCAGGUUGUGAAAAGCUCCUUUUGUGUUUAUAAGUUGUAUAAUUAUAACUGUUGGCAGUCCAUCUAUUGAUGCUUUAAUGAUCUGUUGUAAACAAGUGGCCUGUAUGAAUGCAUUGUGAUCCAAAUAGUCCAGAUGGAGGGGGAUAAACAACAAGCACAGACAAAUUCUAACAACAUGGUUUCCCUAAAUAAACAGUAAUGUUGGAAAAUGUUUUAAUAGCAUUUUUAGAGCUUCUUACACAGCAUUUAACAAAGUUGUCUCAUAAGAAAGUAAUUCCAAUUAAUCAACAUUUUUACUGUGCCAGAAUAGAAUUAACAUGCUUUAUUUUUACAUUCAAAGAAAGACCCCGUUAAAAUAAAAACAGACCUUGACAUAAAUAUAUCUGACUUAGCCCCUAGCUGUGUUUGUAAAAUGUGACAAACAUCAUGUGCUUUAAUAUUUAUCAUUCCAUUCAAUAUUAAAAGCUGGUGGAUGAUGAAGAAUAUCAUAACAACACUCCUCGAAAGGAAAGACAUUUCCCCCAACCAUUAAUAAUAAAUUAAGAGUGCUGUCAAUCAUAGGCACAGCUGUACCAUACUGAUAAUAGUCUCCAUCUUUUAACCAUGCACCAUGUUGCCUCAAAGGCAGACAUAUUUCACGAUUUUAAUAUUAGUUAUCAGGGAGGAGAAGACACACACAAAGAAAAGAUGUUGGGAAGCACAGUGAUUUUAGAGAGCAGCACAGUUACAAAUUGAGGCUCAGAGGCCAGAUAAAAAAUGUCUUUUUUAAGAAAUUUAAUUGGUUUCAGAAGGAGCUGCGUCUUUACUUCUGGGAUCUGUUGUUGCCUUUAAUCAUUUAAUCAUUUAGAGAGGGAAUCAGUUGAAACACACACACACGCGCUGACUGAUAUGAACUAAGUUUUCUGGAGGCUCAGAUCGAUAAAUCACAUGCAUUCCUCUGAAGAUUUGGGCUAGAAAACUCUGAACUGUGGUUUUGAUAUUUAAAAAAAAAUGACAGUUAUUUAUAGCAUAAAAGUUAGUUUGGAAAUAGGAGCUUUGACAUCUUUAUUAAGGAAACUUAAACCAAGUCUCCCCUCCUCUCAUCACAGCAGAUUGCUGAUACCCAGAGAAAUCUCUGCGGAGAAAAAAAUAUGGCAUUGUGUUUUUGUUCAUAACAUCUGAACUGUCCAUGGGAUAAAACCUGAACGUGACUCCUCAAUCUCUGACCAUUUCUGUCUUUCUCUCCCCUCAGGCGUCUCUAUCGAAUCAGCCAGCCAUUUGCUUCAAGGGGAGCCAGGGGGUAAGACGUUUUGCAUACUCUCUCUAAUGCCUCACAAAUUGAACGCUCUAAUUAGUCCUGAUUUGCAGUUAAGCACACUUGUGACUGUUUCUCGGCAUGUCUUAUUUGGCUUCUAAGCAUUUAAUUAGCACAGGGAUUCAUGUUCAUAGAUAUAGGAGACCUUGUGACUUUAAGUCUCCAGUCAAUCUGUGGGUUUUGUUGCCCUGUUGGACUUUUUUACUUCAAAACACGCUGAAAGCAAAAUUCCCCGACUGUUUUGAGUGCACCAGAGGCUGAGGGAAAGGUGUCACUUACUUAGUACUUAGUACUUAGUUCUGCUGUGUUAUGUUAAGUAUGUUACAUCUGUUACCUCCCUAUGACCCCAUAUGAUCUUUGACAGCCAUGAUUCCAUUGUUUAUUCAUUAAAAUAACGCAUUAUUCAAUUGCAUUACAUUCAAUUCAGUUUGACUGAGUUUUAGUUUAAUGUAAAACAAUAUUUGAAUCCUGAGUACAUUUUUUCUCGAUAUAAUCUUGUAAAAUUUGAGGACAAAUAUGACUUACAAAAACAUCCUUGUUUUUGUAACUUUUUCCCUCUUUUUUUUCUUCUUUAUUUUCAGAAAAAUCUCUGUCAUACGAGCUUUAAGUAUUUUGUGACUCUGAAACCACACUUCAUCAUACUCCAAGUUCAUAAACCUUAGCAAAGGCACCAGUUGUAGAUGUUGCGAUAACUGUAGUUUUUGAGGUUGGGACUUGAGUUUAAGGUGUAUAAUACUGAGGGCUGCUGCUUGCUAAUACGAACAUUGUUGUACAGGUUUGGUUAUUGGAUCUUAUCUGGUAAAAUUUGUCUUGUAACAGCUUUUCCACAGAGCAUACAGACAGCAGACCUUUGUAAAUAUUUGGAUCACAGCUUUGAAACUGGUCAGUCAACUGGUUUACAUAACACACUCAGACUGGUGCACUUGGAUCUGUAAGAUUAUGAUCUGAUACUAAUUCAAACUGGUUAAUCUUUACGGCCCUGCUCUGUGAGCAAAAGGGUUGUCUUGUAAGAUUUGAAGGGAUCUGCUUGAGGAAUAAAUUUUUGAUGUUUGAUUUGAACCCUGGUCGUCCGCUGCAUGUCAGCGCUGUCCUUGUGGGCCUUGUGGUUCCUGUAAAUCUCUGCCUGUGACUGAGCAUUAAAAGCAGUCAAAAAACUUUAAAAAUGGAGCAUUUGAGGAUAUUUGAGCUAUCUUAAGUUAAAUAAUAUCAGCUAACCAUGUAACUGCCAGACUUAAGCUUCAGGCUUUCAGAUUCAGGAAAACAUACAAAUGAGUUUUCAGAGCCUUUACAUAAUCAGAAAAGCAUGGUAUACAAAACAGUUUUCUCCCAAGGGAAUGUACUUUACAUCUGUACAUUCCUGUAAAGCGUCUGUAAAUAAAGAUGUCUGUGUGCGACCAGAUUAGCACCCUCCCUGCCUCUGCCUAGUAGGCUACUACACAUUUACCACACAAUCGGCCCUGUCUAAAAGAAGCUGUUCUAAUCCCUGCGAGAGCCGAUUGCAGUGACGAAAGUGACUUUGCCCUGUACACAAAUGCUGGCCCUGUGUGCUUACACGGGUCCUGGCAGCCCUGAGACAGGUCGUGCUGUACCCCCAGGCUGCUAGCCAGGUUACUGGGUCAAGCUAAAAAACUGGGGAGGCUUUGUUCAGGGAGGGGGAGGAGGUGGGGGGAGUGUGCAAACCCCAGGGAGCCCCCGUGCCUCCAUGCCUGUUGUCUAUGUGCAGACAUGACAAAUUUGAGAUUCACUAAUGAUACAUGAAUGCUGGAAUUUUCAUCCAGGCAGCACGUGAAGGAUGUCCCAAACACAGAGACGCAGUGUAAACAUGCGAUAAAACAUCUGUAAAAACGUGCAGCAGAUUAACAAGCUCAUAAGAGUCGCUCUGUGAAGAAAUGUUAAGUGAGAGCAGUUUAAGUGUCUUUUAAUCACUGAAUGGGAUUUGGUGAUUAUAUCACGGUUGGCACAUUACAUAUUCAAAUUGCUUUGAGCACAGGGUCCCUCCCCCUCCAACAAUAGUCCCCUGAGCUGGACGACCGGGCAUUAAUGAGGUAGCAGCAAACAUCAGCGGAGGUGGGGGGAGGCCAGAUAAAGCCGUUAGAGGGGGGAGGAUGUUGGUGAACAUGGCAGUCUGGCAUAUUAUGGAUAGAGAGGAUCACUAGUGUCUAUGUCUCCAGGUUGGAGGUUUAGAACAGCCUUUCUUAAAGUGUGUGCCACCUGACUGUGACAGGGGUGCUGUCAAAAAAUGACCUAUUCUGAUAUUUCAUGUAGAAAUAUAUGAAUGAACACACAAACAAAUUCUUUUUACAUAAAUUUAUUAUUUGAAAAAUAAUCAAAUUCAUUUUAGGUGAAUAAAAACUUUAAAUACUUUACUUCUGUCAUUAAACCAUGAAAAUACAUUUGAUUUUACAAAGAGCAAGGAACAUGCAACAGCAUCUUGGAUAGUUUUCUAGAAAGAAAAGCCCCACAAGAGCUGAACAUCUUUGAUUGUGAAACGAAGCCUUUUACCUCACACGAGCCUUCGUCCACCAGCUCUGAGUCUGCACUGACGGUGGCAAAGGUAGAUGUUCGUGUGUGUGAGCGCGUGCCUGUGCGUUGCAUGCAUGUUGGCCCAUCUCUCUUCCUCUGUCAUUGUGGAUUAUUGUGUGUAAAAAUAAUCCAGCACUUAAGAUGGAAAGUAACAUUCCUGCUUGCCAACAGUGCAUUUCCAGUUGGUAUUGUGCUCUGUUCAUUAAAACAGUCCCAUCUAAAUAAACAAGACACUUGCAUUUACAUUUAGGCUUUGCAGUGUUGUUUUUAAUUAGAUUUUACACUGGGGUGCAGUGAGAUUUUACGCACUUUUGAAAGGUGCCAUGACUGAAAAAAGUUUGAAAAAUUCUGAUUUAGAGCAUCACACAGGUAGCUCCUCUGCUGCAUUUUCAUUUACUGGUUAAGAGUUUAGCUGCAGCAUCCAGGUCAAGAGGUCACAUGUAGCGAGGGAGAAGGUCUGUGGCUGCUGACAGUUGCCAGCUGUAGAGUCUCGAUCACAGGCUGCUCCUUUCUGAUCCUCGCUACACCAGCUCAUGUCACAUAUCCUGUAAAAGGGCACUUGCGGGGCCAAAGAAACCAGAGGAAUUCUCCAAAUCACUGUCCUGGCAUUGAUCCAGGGCUCAGCGGUAUCAGGGGCCAAGGCUCCUAUCAAGAAAUAGCACGCUGAGGUUUUCGGCUGCCUUUCCUCCCUCUCCCUGCGGCAUUUGGCCCUGCUAUUGUAAACUGUCUGCCAAGCUUUGUAAUCAUGCGUUAAAAGACACAAGCUUCAUUUGCCUCUCAAACUGGUCUUCAGCAGAACUGUGAAACCUAGGGGGGGAAAAAAAUUGGAUUAUCUUAUUUUUAUUCAUCUUAAAAAAGUGAAACUGAUUAAAACUGAGAGAAGAAAUAGAGCUGAAUGUGUCUGAUCGAUAACCUGUGUCUGGAGCAGAAAGAAAAUAAAAGAAAAUGGAGACAGUGAUGCAACUAUAAAGAAAUAAGAGAAGGAAAGAGUUGUUUUUUUUUCCACCUUUAUUGAAGUUGGAAGUUAAAAAGGAAUUAGAUUUUGGAUUUCUUUGAAAUAAGCACCAGGGAUUAAAAAAAGAAUAGAUAUACUCAGCUGGUCCGGGUUCCCAUGGUCUGGAAUUUCACAUCCUAGUGCUCAUUUUCCUCUGGGGCUGACAACAGCGCCUGUGUGUUUGCAUGAUCCAUAUCCAUUUAGUGAGACAUGAAGCUUGUGUUUGUUCGUAUUUAUGAGAUCCACGCUGGAGGGUGCAUUUUAAUUAGGAAAUUAGUGCUUGUUUUUGAAUAGAAAACAGUUUUUUUUCUCCAUGUUUCCACCUGCACCUCUGUACGCACUGCAAAGCACUGUAUCUCACCAAUUACACUGCAUUACUGUGGAGAGGUAUAGUUUUUUGUAUCACUGGAUUAAAGUCUUGUUAGUGUUGAAGUGGUGCAGUAAACACAGGCUUUACGCUUUAAUACUGUGUGUUAUACUGUGUCAGGUGAGACAUUAGUUUAAUUUACUCCCCACUUCAUAGAGAAAAUGUUGCCAGAGUAGUUGUUAUUGUUUACAGCCUUGUCUGUGUUUUAUGUGCUCAGCUGUCACAUAAAGGCAGAAGUGGCGUUGGGGUUGAGGGGGAAUGCAGAGGCGCUCUUAAAGAUAUUUUCAUGUCGACUGUGUGUGAAGGCUGAGCUUCCCCCUGGGCUCCCUCCUGCCUGCCCUCUUGAUUAUUUUGCCAUUUCACCCCGUGCCUCGACUGAAUCCUUGGGAGACAUCAGGGCCUCUAUCUCACACACGGCUGCACUGACUCAACCCCCCGCCACCAUGCCGCUUUGCCCCCCCCUGCCUGCACUGCAAAUAAGCUUUUUGCAGCGAGCCAGUGUGUGUAUGUGUGCAUUUUUCUCCUCUUUUUUUUUCUGGCAGCUAAUUAGAAUAACAAUAACAGGAAUGUGGUCUGAGAGCCGUGCUCUCCCAGUGGCAUCGCAGUGAGAGAGAGAGCUGCCCCACGUGUUUCUGAAAGGGCACACGUCGCUCUAUUCAUCCAGAUGUGUUAAGCGAGGCAAAAGUCUCUGUGUUCCCUGCUCAUCUGAGGCCCAUAGUGUUUACGCAGAGAGCCAGUUGGCCUUAAGAGCUGAACAUCACACAGAGUAUUUUAGGAGCCGGCUUCAUGGGAUCUGAAAAAAGGACUUUUCUUAAGUUUGCCUCUCUGUCAUUAUUGUCUUCCUUUGCUUCAAACAAGUAAUUUUAUGUGAUGCCUUGGUGGCUGUGGCAGUUUUUAAGAGGAUUUUAUGGUUACAAGAGAGCUGUAAAAGAUCAAAAAUCUAUGGCAUUGACUGGGCAGGGAGUGUGAACAAAGGUAACAUCAGACAAGGAUAUGAGGAAAAUAGACUUGCUGGAAGUGGAAACACACAGAGGGCCGAGUGUCCUUGUUGCAACUCUGUUUAUUUUCAUUCCAUAUGAAUCUAAAAACCGCCCAGACUAAGCUGUCACCGUCACCCUCGGUAACAGGAAAUAACAGCGAGGAAAAACUUCCAGUAACAACACAGACUGUUCUGAGGGAGUGGCUGAAGGGAAUAAGCAGAUUUAAAUACAGUUUGAUUACUUAUUGAGAGGUAGAAGUGAGAUUCCCAAACCCAGCAAGCAAAGCUGAGACAGUCAAUUAAAAAGAAAUAGAGAAAGACUUGGAGCAAAAGUGUGAUCAUUCUGACUGAUGUCAAGUGUUGGGGCUGUGUAGACAUUUGCGCAGUGAAGAUAUUUUAGUGAGCAUCAAAAUCUAAAGUGUAACAAGAUGAGGGCAUUUUGUGUCCAAUCACAUUAGAGUUUCUCCUACUACUCUGAGCUCUAACAUUCAAAUGAAAUUAAUUUUUCUAUUUGCAUAUGUUCAUAUAAGAUUUUAAGCAUUUAGAAAUACUAACUUCAUCACUAUCGAUUCUUUACCAUCAAAGAUGAGACUUUAUUUUGCAAACUACUGUGCAGACAGAGCUGUUGAUUAUAAAUCAUCCAUUAAGUCUGAAGUUGUGGUAAUAAAAGCGCAAAGUUAUCAGUAAGGAAACAUCAUGUGCUGUUUACAAGGGCCUCCUAAAAGUCUUGUCACAAAUAUUUUUCCUUGGAUUUGAAAAUGUAGCACAACAGGAAAUAAGCAAGCAAGCAUGGCUGGUUGUUAUUGUGUACAGUGAGGACUGUAACUAUGGCUUAACCCUUACAGCUUGAAACACACACCGAAGAGUUAUUGUUUAACUUAAGACAGGGCGCUUUAGCAGUCUUAUGUAAUCAGUAUAGGUUUUGUGCUGGGGAGAUACACUCCUCUCAAAGGGACAACUUUUAACCUCUCGCUGUAAUCUUUGAGAUAUGAUACUUAAAAAUGGAGUUCAUCCAGUUUGACACGUGCAGGGUUUUUUUUUAGCUUUGUAUGUAAUGGUUGUCUUUUUAUUUUUGCAAGAAAUCUGUGACACUAAAUACCUCAUAAAGCUGUCACACAAGAAAUCCCUGUCUUUUCUUGCACGUUCGUUUUGAUGUCACUACUUUAUUGUUUGGCUUAUUUCCCUCAAUCCUUGAGACCCUAUUUUGCACAUCUUAGUGCAUGUUUUGGAUUUUCUCUCCUCCCCCCAAGUUUCUCUGCAAGUUAAUCAGGUUUGGACAUACUUUCCAAUGCACAAUCUGUGAAUUGUUAAAGGAUUACUGCCUGCUUGCAUGGAGAGAAAAGUCCAGUAAUGGGAGUAUAGUGCAAUAAUGCUCCAGGCUGUCCGUGACGUUGCUCCAGUGAUACAGGCUAAGAUCAACGAAGGAAAUACAUGACUGCUGUCAGUGCACCUAGGUCUGACAAUGUCCUGGAAAGAGAAUUACCCAAUUCCUGAACCACUGUCGAAUGCUAACGGGGCUUACAUCCAUAAGAAAGAAUCAAGCUACUGCCUCAGUUUGACCAAAUGUUACAGCAAAUAUAGGAAGUCAAGUCUCUUUAAGUGGGCAGGACAAUGUACACAGAUGUGAAGCCAACAAUAACCAGCCCAACCUUUGUUUUCAUACAGAGGCCUUUAAGAAAACAAUUGUUUUGGUCCAUAAAAGAGAAAAGUCAGAUUUUUCCGAACUUAACAAGAACUCCUUGUAGCACUGUAUUUUCCUGGGUCUGGGUUAUUCCACCACAAUAUUGAAGUAAGUGCGUCUCCCAGAGUAGUUUUUCUGGUGUGCUGUCCCAAAUGUUUAAGACUGAGUGCUGGGGAGCUCUGGGACUAAAAGCAUGUGAUUCACUGAUUUUCUAGAAAAUGACGGUUUCGAUAAAUAAUUAGCUCAAACAAAGAAAAGUCAAAAAAUAUAUCUUUGUCUUAUUGAUUUUAAAUACUUUGAAUCUCUUUUUCAUCUCUAAUAUAUUUUCUUGAAUUGAAUUGUGUAUGAUUGGUGCUAUACAAAUAAACUUUAUCUAUUAUUUAUGAUACGUACAACUCCAUUGCUUCAAACUUCACUUUUCGUCCACGGCCACUCUGCUCUCACAAACUCUCCAUAGUGACAGCCGGUAUUGCACGCAAAAUCCUCAUUUAAAGAAAACAGACCGAACCACUUCUGCACCUGAUAUCAAUUGCGCACACAAUGAUAGUAGAUCACCUGCAACACCCCCACUAAUAGCAAGUGCAAUGUUAUUGUUUGCACGCGCAAUUUAGCGCCCCUUAUUUUGGAUCGUAGUGGAUCAGGCCCAAAGAAUCUAAGAGAAACUAAGUCAUCAAAUGUGUGAUCAUUUUCAUCUUAAGGUAUCCAUGCUAAUGAAUGUCUCGCGCUUAAACUUAACCCGUAGUUUUAAAUUGACAGCGGUGUCUGAUUUAAGAUGUUAUUGAUUUUGCAGGCUGUGGAUACACUUUAAUGUUGUCUAGGAUUAGCUUACUGUACUGCAAAUAUCAUGGUUGAAACAUAUGAUUGGCGCAUGAUUUCCAUGUGUCUUUGUAACAAUGGCUGAAACCAACUUUGAUGUCACAGAGGUUCAGAACUUCACGGAUAUAUACACAUUAAGAAAACUGGUGCCACUUCACUGUUCAGUAAGGUUGCUGUCAGUUUUUUGAGUUGGUGGUCAUUGCACACCUGAAGGGAUUCGAUAACAGAUCAUCUGAUUGUAUCCUGCGAGCAUGUUGUAUUGGUAAAAGCUAGCAACACAUGAGCGAUCACUGACAGGCAGGGAUCAGAGAGAGGCUGCCUGUUAUCCAGAAUCUAUAGCUGGCAACUUUCAACAGUCACAGACUUUCACACAUGACCUUUUUGCAAACAUAUUUUGUUUUAAGUUUGAUGUCAUGUUGUUUUGGAUGUUAAGACAGUUAAAAACGUUUCAUAAAACAGGUGUUCAAACAAGGUGAAUAAAUGGUUUAGCUUUGCUUGUGUUGGCUUAUUUUGUGUUUUGGUUUUUGUUUUAGGUGUUUAGCAAACAGCUUUUAAAUAAUCAUAAUGUUUUUAUUUAAUUAGUGGAUUUGUAUCCAAUUAAAAUGAAAUACUGGAAAAUUUGUGUAUUGAAUUUUAAGUGAGUGAAUCUGUACUAAGAAAGAAAAAAUAGCAUUAGCUUCCAAUAGAAGUAACAGUGUCAUAUCAUGGAGUAUAGGCUUUUAAAAACCUCCAUCCCUCUGUGUAUGAAGAAGAGGGCACCUACAGUAAGUGGGGGGGUGGGUGGUGGAUGUCUGGGGGUUGGUAGGGGGAUGUGGUGUUCGUUGAGGUUGACAGAUUAGCCCCAGCCUCUUGGAGAAAGACUGAUUCUGCCUGGCAUAACAGGCAGUACCUUUGGGGGAUGCUCGGCAGUUGCCCAUCCCCAUGUCCCUGCACUAACUCCCGUCAGUCCCCACCCCCUCCCCCCCUCUUUCUUUUGCUUUCCUGUCUCUACCAACCCCCUUCUAUGAAUGGAUCCUAAAGCACAGGAACCAUCACAUCCACCCUGGUUGACUGAGAGCGAGAAUUAAAGUGAGAGGCGUUUGGUUUGGUACAAAUGAGUCACGGUGGAAUUGUAGAUCAGCUUUGGGACAGUAAAGGAGAAUAAUUAAUAUGACCCCUGCAAUUCACUGAGCAUAAACACACUUCUGUAACUGCAGGUGACACCAAAACAAAGCUCGCAGAUUAAUUUUUUAUAGUCAACCUGUAGAUUAGAAGGACUGUGAUCUAAAUUUGGGCCAAAUAAAGAAGGAGAGGAUUAAGUACUUGAUCCACAAUCCAUCUCCUCUUUCCUGCUGAGUUGCCCAACACAUUCCUAAAGAAAGACUAUUUAGGGCCAUCUCUUAUGUCUUGGCUCUUAUGGGGGUCAGCCCUCCACCCCCCACCCCCAAACUUACACACCCAAACACCCCCAUCCCUCCCUUAACCCUCCAACAACACACAGCCACACGUCCCCGCUGUUCAUGAAUAAUCCAAGCGGGUCGACAGCUCAUUGCGCUCAGCUUUGUGGGGGGAAGACACUAGAACAAAAGACAGGCAGCUCACAGAGCAGCUAUGGCUGAGUAGGCUCAGAUGAGAAGACAAUGGUAACUAGUGUCAGUACAGACAGGGGCAGGAGGCAGAGACUUCAGAGUAAAUCACUGCUCCAUGCUCCCUGCUCCUGUGUCAGUGUUGCCAUGCCAAAUACCGGAGCCGGGGAACAUUGCCUUCUGGAGCAAAGAAGCCAGAAGAGAAACUAUCCUCGCAUCUCAGCCUGCAGAUGUUUGGCUUUUGAAUAGGACUGGGAAUGAAAGUGGAUCUCUUCAGUGAAGCAAUUUUUCCCUCCUUCACCAAGUAGCGAGGUUAAGAAGUCUGUUUAACCCCAUCAAAGGAUGAGCAGUCUCAAGACACUCGGGAAUGCAAAGUUGACAUUUUACAAAGACGUACCCUACUAUGUCCUUUGUCCUUGUUUAACUGUGGUGCCCCCUGCCAAGAUUUUCUGUUCCAGUCCAGUUCACACUUUGCAACAGCCUGAAAGUAUUUGACAUCUCCAAACACGCAGGCCCUAGAGUAGCAGAUGUGGCCACAGAGGCAGUUAUUGUAGCAGCCCUGGGCUCCACAGGGGGGCUGCUCUGACAAGGUGCUAAGGACUGCCCGGCAGAUGUCAUUUAGUGACUCUGACUGUAACUGUCCAACGGCUAAACAUAACUCAGCUCUUGACAACAAACGACAUUAAUACUACGGUAACAACACACUCUGAUGAAAAUAAUUAGACUUUUUCUAUUAUUAAUUAAUCAUCAGAUAAAAGCAGUCACAUGAUCAUAAUGUAAGCACAACAGUGUGUAGGCAAUUAAAUAAAUACUUUUCCACAUGCUGGACCUGACAAGCAAUAGUGAUGAAAUAUUAAAGCUUAAAAUCAUCUUAUCUGCUGCGGCUAGAUUAAAGAAAUCAAAAUAGAAGAAUUGAGCCCCACUGUUAACAUUGAUAUCUUCAGUUCAUGUCAACAAAACAGACACUUUUGUUUAAUAUUUUAUGUGUGUCCUCGCUCCAAUGAAGGGGCAUGAAUGAUAAGGUUAUUAUUAUUAUUAUUAUUAUUAUUAGUAGUAGUAGUAGUAGUAGUAGUAGUAUCGGUGUCAUAUUGAUUUAUGUACAUAAUUUAAUGGUCUGUAAGUCAGGAGCUGUAAUUUCUGUGAGUUUUAUAAUCCUUGGGUCCAAACUCUGUAGACUAUUUGCUUUAACAUAGAUGGACCUGCCUGUGUGUGCCUACCGUGAGUCAGUUACUAUUUAAUCAUUUUAAAUUGAGGAUGUCAAAACCAGUCCAGCUGGCUGGAGUUUUUAUUUGUUCGCUGUCUACAAAUGGCGACUGUUCGAAAUUUGAGUGAUAAUGGUUUCUCUUUGUUGACAUAGGUGAGAUGUUUGACCUCGCUCACCCCGCACAUCCCCUGUGGGAGCGUGAAGCUUCCUCUGCCUAAAAUGGACAAACAAAAAUACACACACACACACACACACACACACACACAAACAGACACAGCCUCAGGGUGGACCCCCACCCCAUGAAGAUGUCUCAGCAUCUUUGUGUAAAUGUACACCCACCACCUGACUGAGGCAGAGUGAUGGUGAUGGUCGAGUUUCUUUACAGUGCUUUGGAGGAAUCUUAAUAUAUAAAGCUUUACUGAGAUUUGGUAAUGAAAUCUAAAUUUGAGGGUCUGAAUUAAACAUUUGAUAUUGGCCAAUAGUGACUUAUUAAAGGGUAUUUUUUAAUAUUUCUUUGUGAAGAGUUGUACCAUGCCAUGAUCCUUUCAACUAAGGAUUUCGGCGAUUUUACCAGAGAUGGACAGCAUUAUCAAGAGAUGAUUUAGGCCAAAAACAAAUUUUUGUCAAAAAAUGACUUAGGCCAUUAUUUGAAGAGGAUGACGGUAUGCAAAACUUAAAAUCAGUUGAUGAAUAACUUCUCCGCACUCUUUUAUGGACCAAAUACUUUGUGUACACACUGUUAUCAUAAUACCAUGAAUUAGUUUCUAACAUCCAAUCAUAUUGGCUGGCAAACUGCAAUGCUCUGCUGUUCAACUUUGGUGUUUUUCAUCCGACGGGCUCGUCCGCUGGAGUCAGGAGCUGGGAACUAAAGGGUUAAAUGACAUAUGGUUAUAAAGCUGGGGAAAGAAGCUGUGAAUAAACAGGGGCGACCUGUGAACAGUCUGACCUGAGUGACAUUGAUUAGAAUUAGAAUGUGAAGUGUGCAUGGUGGCAUGGACGGAGCUGACAAGCAAAUCUAAUACAUGCCUAGAGGGGACUCACAGGGAUGACAUCGACUAUAAGAAGGGACUAGUGGCAGUAUUGCCAUGCUAAACGUGUAAAUGUUCACUUUCACCUCAGGACGUAAUGGAGCUUUUGUUCGGCAAAACUGUCACUCACAAACAAAUUCAAAUGCGGCACUUUGGCGAUCGUUUUCUCUCAACCUUUAGGCCCAUUUUAGAGACUUGUUGCUUCUAAUUUUGGUCAAGGCAGCCACUGUUUUCUUCUCUCCAAGUAAUAGGUCCUUAAGGCAUAGCUCGCCUCUUGCCCCCGCUCUCUGAAGCUUUUUUGGUUGAUGGUCCUUAAUUAGCGUAAAACCCAAAGCAGGCAUACGCAGGACUGUGCUUUGCAGCGUCAUGUGAAUGUUCAGACAUAAAUAGGUCAGAAUUAAUGGUCAGCUGUGCGUCUCAAGUGUCCUUGGCCUUGUAGUCUGCUUUGCGUUUUUUGUGUUGACAUGGGUGGGCCUUUGCACAUGAAGGAAAGCUGGGGGCUGAUGGGGGCAGGGUGAAUGUCAUGCACUGGGUUUUAGAGAAGGAGGAGGAGGAGGAGGUGGUGGAAGAGGACGAGGGGUGGGGAGAGGAGCCGUUCAUUGGCUCUGUUAAAAAAAAAAAAAAAAACAGCUUAUGGCUGCAUGACUGGGCAUUUGUGACAGCUAUAGUCCUGCCUGCCACAUCUGCCAGGGACACUGUGCUCUCAGCCAGUCAGAUUACAAUCAAUCACUUACGGCUGAUGACUAAAAAGGCAGCUUCUGGUCUCUCUAACUGACUUUUUUAAGUUUAAAUUUGCCUGUGUGCCACAGGUCUGCUAAAGUUAAGCAAAAGAUCAGUGUUCACAAAAACUAGGCAAGGAUCUUGAGUGACUGCUGAAUCUAGGACAGAUCAACAAGAAAAGUAGCAACCUGUCUAUUUACAGCCUCAGACUCUGCAGUGUAGAAAGGAGCUGCUGUUUGUUGGGGCUUAUUACCUGUUGCUUAACUGCUUUCUAUGGUGAACUGUCCUGUUUUUGAAAGUAGGUUUUGGGUCAUUUUAUGUAACAGGUCUCUGUCAGAGAUAGACUUGACCCUGCAGGUUUGUUAGUUGCUAUGGAGCCAUGGAUGAUGUGUGACAAGAGUGGAGGUUAUCCGCUACACUUUUGUUGGGUGUUGCUUUUCAGAUAUAUUCUUCUCACGACUGGCUAUGGGUCAUCCUCCCUGACCUGGGAGGUCCCGUUAAGCCUCUCUGAUUGGCUCAGUGGAGACUAUUUAGGUCACAUUUAAUGUGUGAGAAAAAAAAUGGUUUUAAUAACAUAAGCUGCCUUAUUGAUUUACUCAAGUCAUUGUUUUCUGCUUUAUAUUGUUACCGCUUUAGAUUACGCAGAACCACAUCAUCAUAAAGAUAUAAACAUACUUGUUACAUAAUGCACAGCACAAAGUAGCCAUGCAACUGAAAGCUGUAAAACAGUCAAAGGUUAAUGAUUGCCCCACGGUGGUUUUUGUAAACACAAUCAUAGGACUAACUUGAGCUUUGUUGUUUCAGCUAAUCUCACGCUAUUUAUUUUUCUUCUUAGUAUGUGAAGAUCCCAGCGCCGACACCUGAAUCCCCCAAUGGCUUCAGAGUCUUCUCAUUCUACCUGUCCAGUGACAGCAAAGACAAGCCACAGUCCAGCUUCGACUGCAUUCACCAGUAUGUCUCUGGGUAAGCAGCACAAAGAAGACUUUCCACAGUCGACCACAAAUACGGUUUGUAAUAAAUUUAGUGUCAGACUGAGACUGCAGGACCUCACCAAACAGUGACCUCUCUCUUCUAUACUACAACAACAGAUAGUACCACUGUCUGGUUAAAUUCAGACACGACUACAGUUACACACCCACAGGCUGUCAUGCCUCAACUCACCUCAAAGGUGUGACUAAUAAUAAUUGAGAACAGAGAGGUACUGUUCCUGGCUAUGUGAGCUAAAUAAUCAAAUUGGAGCAGCUUUAUUUGCACUACAGUCUUUAAGCUUUUAUUAGUUAUGCUGGAGGCACAAGUCACAGACCUGAUAAUAUGUUUCAGGCAGUUUUUAUUAUGAUAGUUUGACAGCAAAAAAAUGUAGCGCUAUGUCUGACAAAUGGCCAUUUAGGUGAACAUAGUUAAAGAACUUAUGGUCAUAAACUCCCACAUUUUUCUGAUCUGUUUUUUGUCCUUACAGGGAGGGCAGGGACCACCUGGAGGGCCAGGGUAGCAUUCAGGACAAGAUCACAGUUUGUGCCACAGAUGACUCCUAUCAGACGACCCGAGAACGCAUGUCUCAGGUGGAAAAGGAUAUCUGGAGCCGCUCAGCAAUCGAAAUCAAACCAGGACCGAGUAAGCUCUUGCCUAAUAACUACUACUAUGUUCUACUGUAUCUUCCACUCUCCGUUUUAGCCUUGAAGCAUGCAGGGUUUAAGUGAAGAUAACAAGCGAGUUUUCAUGUUCCCAGAAAGCUUCUGAACUUUUGCUUCUCACCAUUUUAUCCUGCUGGUAAUUGCCAUAUGGUGUGGAAAUUAUCACAUAAUUGAUCAAAGUGCUGGGUUGCAAUUAUUUGUGCAGAGCGAUGCCGCUCUUUCUCGUGAUUUUUCUUUCAUUCUGACCAGAUUGCUCGGGCACUAUGCCAGUUUGCCUGCCAGCAGCAUUAAUAUGAUAGAGUGAGCCAGAAGUAUGUGCUAACAGGUCUAGUGCAGAUGAAGCUCAGCCUAAAAUGUAAUUACAGUGACUGGACAGUAAUUCCCUUUGAUUGAUCCAGAAAGAGUCGACAUUAACACGGAGUGAUCCAAAUCUAACACGCAGGAUCUCCUCUUGUUAAUUUCCUUAUAAGUCAGAGUUACAGUCGAGAAGCUUUUUGACAUUUAAAGGUCCCAUGGGAAUGUAAAUGCUUGAAUCUAAACGCCUUGGUUAUAUUUUAUGAAGUGAAGCAUGAUGUUUAGAGUAAUAGCUGCAGUAGUCAGUUGUUGGAACCAGUUCCUACACAUUAUGUGCCAUACUUUGCAGCAGAAAUAGUCCCCAAAGAGGCUUUUCAAAAUAAAUUUGACAUAUUUGGCAGGUUAUUCGUCAAAAACAUGUUGUUACAGUUUGACAAAUUUAGCUGAACAUAAACUGUAUCUUGAAGCAAAUAACUGUCCUUCCUUAAGGACGCCAGAAAGAAAAAUAAAUAAGUUAUGGAUCACAGUAUGUGCCAUACGCAGUGGUGUGCACAGUUGUUUUGCGGUGACUGGCUGUCUUUUUAUGGUACAGUAAUGCUAUGCUCAUCAGAAAAAAUGUCCAAAGACCAACCUAGAAUUACAGGUCUUCGGGCAGAAAAAUGUUUGCAAUCUAGAUAAUAAUGUAUGAUUUAGAGUCCAGUUACAUUCAGGAUAAAGGAGACACAGGCAGCUGAAAUGUGUGCAAACCAGGUGUUGGAGUUGUCCGAAAAGAACUUUAAAAUAAAUUCCAUACAAUCUUAAUACAUGUGCAUUUCACUUGUCAUCUAAUAUCAUAGUGGUAAACAAUGGCCUCAUGUCAUUUUGAACAUUGUCUUUGCUCAUUAGUGUCCACGAGUCACGACACCCUGAAGUUUUGCUAAAGUGAAACAUCACUCACUCGCUCACUCACUCACUCAGGGGAGUGUCACUCUACAAAGGCUGCAUUAAAACUUCCCUUCAGCAACUCUAAUUUAUUACACUGUCAAACAAUAGUUCUAGUUGCUGCUUGUUUGAAAUGUGGCCGUACAGGUUGUAACAGCGUGGGAAGGAUAUUUGCCUUAAAUCUUCAUAAUGUUGAAACAAGCUUCCAAAAGACUUCUGAAAGAAAAGGAGACACAAAAUAAAUACAUUUAGCAAAGAAUACAGUGUAGUGCUAAAAGACAUUUAAACCAUCGUUGUAAAAAUCUAAAAAUCUACAGCUUUAACUGUGCAAAUACCUUUUGUACAUGAUAAGCCUACCUCUAAUCUAUAGUCCUUGUGAAAAAGACAUUAUCUUCCGACCUAUAGAAACCUGCAAAGUAUGGCUUAAAGUUGUAAUGAGAUUACAGUAGAAAUCUAUAAGCACUGCCUGUUCGGUCCAACAGAAUUAGACCUACAACAGGAAGAAAGGGCCUCUCUGUGUCACUCUCUUUGGUUUCCAUGCUUCUCUGUUUACUUAGCAGUAGGCUAACUCUACUGUCAACCUCUCUCACUGGUUUCCACACACAGCAACUCUGCCUCUGCACGUGAACACGGCCUGAAAAGUGCAUAAGAACCAUACUUGGAUCAGAGUUAUUAUGUGUGUAUAUUGUAGUUUGUUUUUUUUACUGACCCGAUAGUGCCGCUUCUAAUCAGUAUCCGGUGUGUGUGCAUAAGGCAGAUUGCCUGUCAGUAGAGAGAUACAAUCGAGAUAAAAAGGCAUUCGAUUGUCUGUCUUUCAAAAGGAGGGUGUGAUUUGUGUAAAUGUCCUGGGGAUUAAAAAUGCAAUGUUGGCUCUGCUAUUAUGAGAUACUCUCAAGGUAUGUGAAUCCUGUUAUCAGAUCAGCUAUAAUCUCCCUGCCCUUGUUUAGUUUUGCAUUGGAAAGCGACCAUAUGGCUAUUCAAAUACAGUCUCAGAUAACCACCAUGGUACCUUUUGAUUCACUAUCACUGCUCUAAUACUCUCAGCCCUAUCUGCCACGAACGUGAAACAUGAAGCUCUGCUGUGUGUCCUGUUGUUUUGAUCUUAGGUAAGUGUGUGAAGGUCCAGAGGAAGCAGGGUCUGGUAUCAAGCUCAGAUAGCAGCAACAAGCACUCACCCAGCAACAAGAGGAGCCUAGUUUCCAGCCCUGUGGCACACCGGCCUCUGAGGGAUCGUGUCAUUCAUCUCCUGGCCUUAAAGCCUUACAAGAAACCCGAGCUGCUACUGUGGUUGGAGAGGGAGCGGGCGAGUCAAAAGGACAAGGCAGACCUGACCUCGGUGCUGGAUGAGGUGAGGCAUCUGGCACAGUGCUGUGUCAACACAUUGCUGCUAAUGGUUUAAUGUACUCUGACGCAAAAAAAGAAAAGGGAAAAACCUACAAUAAAGCAACUUAAGUGUCUGCUGAGCUACAGUCAAGAAUCCAAACUAAUAAAAUGUGAAAAGUUUUUAUAUAAAAGAACAAAUGGCUCUUUUUUUAACUUUAAAAGCGAAUGUUUAAUUUUGUGAAUAUUUCCUGUGUUCACAAUAUUCAAGUGUUUGCAGUCAUCAACUGGCUUCUGCUGCUAGCAGUAAUUAGAGCUGUGCUUUAAUUAUCUUUGGAGUAGAAGAUUGUGUUUUGACAGGAGAGGGUGGGGUUUGUCCUCCAGCUGAGAUCUGACUGCUCUCAGAAUCGAAAGUGGUUGGUUUGGCUUGAUAUUUCUCAGCUAGAUUAAGCUGUGAGAGGACAUGGUUGACUUGUUUACCACAAAAACAAUGCUGAGGAAAGGCCUUGUUUUAUUUAAAUACAAGGUGGACUUACAAAGAGUUGGUGCUUCUAUGACCUCGGCUGACCCUUUUUUUUCUGUUAAAUUCUUUGCUCUUUCUGCUGAAUUUUUUAGGUUGCUAAGCUCAACCCAAAAGACCACAGCUUCUCUCUAAAGGACGAGUUCUACAGACACGUUCAUAAGGACUGGCCUGGAUAUCUGGAGGAGGAGAAGCAGCUCAUCCAUAGGCUCUUGAUCAGGUAAGAAGGCGAGAACAGAUACUAGAUCAAUCAGUGGAUUAAUGGAAACAUAAAAUCAGGUCAUUUUAACAAUGUGUUUAUUAUAAAUGUGAGCUUAUUUAAGAAAAAGCCAAAUAUUUGACUAUCUAUGCUUCUCCUUUAUGAAAACAACCCACCUUUUUAUAGCAGGGCUGUUAAGUUAAGAAAAUGACAAGAGUGAGACUGAAGCGUCAUGAUGUGUUCGGCCGCUGGCGAAAAAAUUUGGCCUUUUUUUAACGUGUAUUUAUAUCUUAAGACUGAUGUCCUCACCUCCAUGCCAGCUGCUCUACCUAAUGCUAGUCUUUAUUAACCAGAAAUUAGAAAUGAAAAUUGUAACAGUAAUUUUGACAAGAUACAUUUAUUGUCAAUACUGCAUUACGUUGAGUGGGUUUUAAAUGUCAACGCUGUUGCGUGUGAAAGAUAGUUAGAGACGCCAGGACCCGCCUUACGUUGCUUCUGAUUGGUUUAUAUUGCAUGGUGCCUUCCGUGGUUGGUUAGAUUUAGGCACAAAGGACUGAUGGAUUGGUCUGGGAUUGGUUAUCUCGGUCAGUCAAUCAGAGUUACUCGAACUACAGGAAGCCAAGUUUAUUAUCAUGAAAAAAUAAAUACAGAGUAUUGAAUGGGGAAAUAUAAGCGUGAGAAAUGUCAAGUGUGGCGUGUGGUGUGAGAAUGGGUCAAAUUGCGUGACUGUCACACUCAAAGCGUGACGCUUGGCAGCUCUGUUAUAGUCAUGCACUGUUGUUAACUAAAAUAUCUAUUUUUUACCUUCCUUUCUACUUUAUCAGUUUUUAAAAAGGAUUUAUAAAUCAAACAGCCAAGCAGACUGUAUCAAGCUGGCUAUGAUGUGUGAUAAUUGAUUUGAAUGUUCUGUACAGUUUAAGUAUUGUGAGAAACAUGCUUAUACAUUUUUUGUGACUUAGCUAAAAGAGAGAAUGAUCAUUUCUUAUCCACGCAUGAAAAGCCCCAGUUAGCCCGCUUUAGCUCCUCUUAUUAUAGCUUAGUGUGAAGACAGCAAUCAGGGUGACAGUUCAAGUGAAGCUGGAUUUAAAGAUACAAAGUUCCAUAUUAAAUUUGUGUUACAUAAAAGUGGUCAAAUGUUGUGCUUUAAAGGUAGAAGUCAGUUAGGUGAGGGUUUUAUGAUUUUUUAUGACAGGUCAUCUGCUCCCGGCUGUUUAUGGCCUUUGAGCUUCGCUAAUCAUCCUCUGUUCAAGCCUGUAUUGACUUUUAAGGCUCCUUUCUCCCAAUAUAUUUCCCCCUCAGUCUGCCGUGCUGAGUUGUUAUUGGCUGGUACUUCUUGUCUCGAGCUUUUCCCUCAGGGCUUUCUGCCACGAGGCUCUUUUAUCUGCGAUUUUAGAUAAAGCUGCUUGUGUCUUAAGUAUGUGUUCAUGAUAAAUUCUUGUUUUAGUCUAAACUGCGAACCUUAUCAACUAGUUUUGGAGCCUAAACAAACCCUCAGCUGUCAUAAUCUACCAAAACCUAACUACUAUGGUUUGGGCACAGAAACACUUGGAAAUGUUGACAGUUGGUUGUCACGUUGAUUAAACUUUAUUUGGGAAAAUGACAAUGAUCACAGUACAAAUUUGGUAAGUAAUAGCCAUUAUUUAAUCAAACUUUCAGCAAGAAAGCCAACAAGUGUCUUACUUUACUGUUUUUCAGACCUGGAGUGACCAGUUUGGGCAGAUAACACAGAAAAGAUUCAGGGAUUGAUGCGUUUUGACAGUGCUGGCGUUAACACAGAAGAGCCUCUGAGUUAUUGUAGAAGUCUGCUGUGAUCAUGUUGAAAAGGGGAGCUUCUAAAUGACUUCUCCUCUGCUCUGAUGCAUCCCUUAAUGGACACAUCAAAGCACUGGAAAAUAUUCCCCUGCACUGAGUUGCCAAAUGGCAUUAGCAUUGAAGGUUCAGAGGAGCAAAGCUGGGCUUUUCAGGGUGAGUUUCCUUCCCUCAUACGUGUCCUCUGCCUGCCAGUAAACAUGCAAGCCAUGUGCUCCAUGAGCAUUUUGGGAAAAGUGUGAGUCCUGCUGGCUGACCGCUCAGCCCUCUCUGUUCACCCCCUGCUAAGAGAGAAAACUCACAAUUUUUAGUCAUCCACUUCUUUUCCAAUUAUGAUAACCAUGAAAUCGCCUGUCAAUACUCUCAAUAUCUGAUAUCCCUCUUCUAGUUUAUCGUGUGUUAGAUUUGGUUCUUUCCUGGUGUUUUUACUUUCACGGUUUCUGGACUGUACUCACAAAGACGGCUCUAUUAUGAGGGUGGCUUGAGUUUGAUUGGGGAGGAGGGAGUGACUUGUUGUAACGUCUGUUUGAGGAAGGAGCUGUAGGAAGCAGAUUAACAGAAGAGGGUUUGGUCCUACAGAGGUUAAAUCUGCUGCUAUUGUUCUGCUCACUGGAUCGUGUUUAGUCUCUGGUUGCCUCCUGUUGAUUGUAUCACCAGAGACACAAAACCAAACACACUGCAUACAUUUCCCCGAAGAGGCUUCGAUCGGCCUAAAACAAGACUGACAGUUUUGUAAUGUCAAUGAUUACUCCUCCCUCCGAAAGACUGCUGCUGCUGCUGUCUCUCUCUGCGUGUUAUAAGAAAUGAUAAUUGCUCACAGAUUUGCCAAGGGAAGCUUUAUGACCUACAUACUGUCUCUUCCUGUUUAGCUUUACAGGCCAUUUACCUCGCAGUCACUGUCCAACUGAAGGUGCCGUGUGUGUUUUUUUUCUUGUUCAGGAAACUUCAGCCGCUCCACAGUAGCCAGUUGAGGAGUCCCCAGUCCAACCAUUCAUUCCUCAAAACUCCUGGGGACUCUCCUUCACAGCUCAGCCCUGCCAAGAAUCUCCCUGUGGUAUUUAUUCACCUUCAAUGACUUGAAAUUUUUCCUCUUUAACAUGACCAGUGUCUUCUUUUGCACAUGCACAUAAAUUCUAUUUCUGUCAUUUUUAUUUGUACUUGUUAAACUCAGCUAUAGACUAAAUAUAACCCCAGAUUGAAUUUAUUUGUAAACAAUAUAAAUCCUUGAGAAAAGUUGUUAAAAUAUUUUUUGUUUGUCUUAGAGUAACAUUGAAUGUCUAGAUAACAACAAUAGCUCCGACUCUACCCACUUGAACACAAGACAAAUUUCCUACUGUGUGUAUAGUCAUAAAUAAAAGUGAGAUGUGCAGCUUAUUUGAGUAUUAUAUCAUAUCAAAAUAUAUUUCUCUUGUUAGUAGUGGUUUCGGUAAACUCGUGGCUGCUGGAUAUAACUUGACUUCAGAUCAUGAGACUUAAAGCUCCAGUGAGGAACUUUCAGUUUGCAUCAAUUUUGGCGCCACCUGUGGACAGAGUAGUCUUUGCAUAUCUUGUCUUUUAAAGUAGUGACAACAAAAUAUCUCACCCUGCUGACUCUUAACAGGUGACAGUAUUUUAUAUGAAAAUCAUAAAAACGUUUUGUUUUUCUUUAGCUGCUCAGCUGACACCUACUCCCUUGCACUAGUUUGAGACAUGAAAAAUUACUAUCUAAAAAUUAACAAACUUUGUCAUAAAGGUCUUGUUUGCUUUUGCAUAUCAUAAAAAGGCAUCAAGAUAAAAUUCAGUCCAUUUCACCAACGUAAAAAAACUCCCUACAGGAGCUUUAAAAAAAAGGAUGAUAUGUUAAACUUUAGUCAUGGAUGCUGUUUGGACCUCAGUCAAAGUCGAGUCUAAAAUUUGCCCUAUUGGAUUCAAAACUGAGAUCCUGCAGAUUAGCUUGACAACUAAAUACCUAUUUGUUGACAUGGUUAAGAUACUCUGUAAGUGACUCACUUGUAACUUGGAAAAAUCAUUGUCACAGCUUUGCCUCGAGCUCUGCAUGUCAGCAUCUGUGUCUGAUUAAACUUGAAGCAGUUUGUGACUCUUACAAAUUCUGUCCCCUCCUAUCGGGUUCCUUGCCUGUGUUGUAUUUGUAUCUUGCUUUGGACAAAAGUGUGUAGAAUUAAAGAACUUCUUGUAAUGCUGUUGAUGAAAAAUGAAAGGCACGUAUUUCAAUAGUUUUUUCUUUUCUAUUCUUCUCCAGAAACGCCCACUGCCCUCAGACCCUUCUCAAACACAGACCCCCAAAAAACAGAGACUAUUAGACCAGAGUUUGCCUCUGCAGUCGCCCUCUCAUGAAGACUACAGCACCAAUGAGGUUCGUAGCUCCACCGGUCAUGGGAAUUCUGGUGUACACAUCAAACUGGACUUCGACAAAACCAGCAAUCAUCUCCAGGGGAGCCCAAAUCGUCUGUACUCACCACACAAACUCAGCACAUCUUUUACCAUCCCCAAAGUGGAGAGGUCAGAGCCAGCUGUGACUGCACCCAGCCUGAAGCACCCACACACAAACAGCUCCAUCUGCACCGAGCAACAGUUCAACAACGGGCAGCAUAAAAAGAAAAGGUCCAAAAAGCACAAAGAGAAAGAACGAGAGCGCUUAAAACCAGACUGGAUUGAAACCAGUCCAGACCUGAAGCCGGACCAGGAAAAUUUUAAAGGUAAAUGUCAGCUGAGGAUUGCUUUGUCUCACUUUACAGGAUAGGUCUUACUGUUCUUUCCUGAACUUGUUUCACAUAAUUUGCUCUUUCUUCCAUUUAAUUAACUUUAAAUAAGUGAAGCAAAAAACAACUCACACACUUUCAUUUGAGAGUAUAAUUGUUGUGAGGUCUCUCAGCUACCCUGUCCUCACUUCUCCCUCCACUAUGUUGAUGAUUGACUGAGAAACAGCUGGCUGACCUAUGGUCGAACGAGCCAGCAGGCAGCUCUGCCUCCUACUCUGUGCUGCUGAUGUCAUUGCUUGCCUUGGAUCACAUCUCUUAUCAGAGAUUGCGAUAAAUGUUUCCAUCAGCUGCAUGAUAAUGGGCACAUAAUCACAUUUGCAUUGGCAGAUUGCUUUAACCUUUUUUUUCCCCUUUGUGUGCUUUUUUCCUUUCUACAGACCGCGAGGGAGAGAAAACUACUGUCAGUCGGACCUCAGCUGAGGAGUUGCCUGAUUAUUUAAUGUAAGAGGAACACACAUUAUGUUUACUUUCUAGAUUCACAAACUUUUUCUGAAAAUGGCCCACAUAAGUUUACAGAUCUGACAGUGUUUUUGAGAAAAGAGACAGUUUUGUUCAGCUCCCCGGCAUUCUUUUAAAUAGAGGGAAGUGAAACACAUGUCUGAAUCAGCUGUCACAAAGCUUUCCCUCAGAGUGACUUUGCAAACAAAUGAUCUUGCGGGUUUACUUUGAUACAUCUGGUCAACAUAUCACGCUGUGACGUGUCAGGCAUUAAUCCACCAUUCUGCAGUGCCACCUCCUGGAAGUAUAGGGAAACAACUUUACUCCAAGGAAUGACUUUAAGUAAGCUCUAAAAUAACAUCUUUUAAUGUGUAUUUCCUCUCCUCUUUGCUCAGAAAAUACAGCACUAUAAUGGCACUGGAGCAGCGCCAGCAGUACAAAGACGACUUCUGUGCUGAGUACGAUGAAUACAGAGCUCUUCAUGAUCGCAUCGGAGCGAUCACAGAGAUGUUUGUUCAGUUGGGCUCAAAGAUCAACACUCUCUCCCCGGGUACACAAGAGUACAAGGUACUGUGAGGAGAAGACGCUUUGAACUGCUCUUUUCAUCCAUUCAUGCCACAUUCUUAACUUUUUUUAUUACUUUUUCAGCUCAUGGAGUACCAAAUACUACAAAAGUACCGAAAGUAUAAAAAAGUAAGAACUGUUUUAUCUUAUUUUAACAGAACCAAGUACAAAGCCAUGUUCAAGAAACACGAGUACAGACAUUUAUAUCCUAAAAUAGCAUAUACAAGACCGUGACCGAAAUCAACAGCAUAAUUAGAGCUUCAACAUUUGACCUUAUCAGUACAAAUUGCACCAUGGGUUGCCAAUUUAGUCAGAUUAGACCAUUUUCAGUUCAGAUUUCAGUGACAUCAAAGUUUUCACACAACAAUCCGCUAAGUUUUGAGGCUUGUAAGUAAAUUCUGUCUCUCAAGUCAUUUUGAAUGCAAACUGGUCAUAUGAUAUAUAACCUGUUAAAGCACCAAACAGUUUUAAAACACCUAUAAUCAGGUUUUUUUUUUUUUAUCAUCUAUUAUGUCAUGUGCCCUGAACCAAAUGCAACAGAAGUCAUGAACUGAAUUUGAUAGCAAGUCUAUUUCCAAAGUGGUUGGCAAGCUUUAGUGAGUGAAAUCUUUGUUCAAGUGGAAGUGGAAAAUUAAAUAAAACUGCAUUACGUAACAAUUUGUGGCCUCUCUUCAACUGAAAAGUGAGAUUUUUCAAAGUAAAACAAGGGAUUUAUGGUAGUUUAUGCAGUAAGACGGUUUACCCACCAGCAAACAAGGAUUUCAAGAGUGUAGUUUUAAGGUUUCAGCAUUACUGUGUAAGGCAAUCUUGAUUCAUUUGGAUUGUUGUUUCUCAAGUCUAAGUUGUUCUUGUUUUCUUUUCAGAAGUUUCCUGGGUAUCGAGAAGAGAAGAAACGCUGCGAGUACCUCCAUCAGAAACUGUCACAUAUCAAAAGCCUGAUCACAGACUACGACCGAGCACAGGAGCUCUCCUAGUUCCUGUCCUCACCCUCUGAAGGGUGGGAUUUGACUGGACCAAAAGACUCCUAACGGACCUAUAGACUGCCUAGCUGGGUCCUGGGGGUCAUGAAACACUUUUCACUUUACUCCGUUGUGGAAAUCGAGGAGCGAGGUUUGGGCUGAGACCACCGACUCGUGAUCAAAUGUAGCUCUUUAACAUUUUUGGUUGUCAACAAUGAUUUUCGCUGGAUUUUGUUCUGCUGUAAAAACGGUCACGAUGAAUGCCAAAUCAUUUCCUCUGAAAUGUUAAACUGACUUGUCAUCCUGGCAGAGCUUAAAAGCAUUGAUAUAUAAAGAAAAACAUAUAUCAAAAAUGAUGGUACAAUCAAUCUUUGGGGUAAACAAAUGCUACGAAAGCGGUUUUAUUUAACAAACAGAAGGACUUGUUUUAUCACCUCUCUGAUAACAGGUCAAAUUGAUUCACAUAAAUUAUACAUUUGUUUCAAUAACACUUUUACAUGAUGAUCAUAAUGUUGAUGUGCCAUAAAUGUCUUAGGACUUGUUGCAAUCAAAAUAUACCAACCACACAGAUCUAUAUUUCUACUAAACCCCUUUAUAGGCUCAUGUCAGUGUGACUCUAAAUAGAACACAGAGUGGAUCCAAAGAGCCAAGUCUCUCAAAGUGUGGGACAAUAUCUCGACUCAUAGUUUGUCUUUUGGGUCACUUUUUUGAGGCUCUGAUCACUUUGCUUUCUGCCAACGUCCUGUGUAAAUUCCAGGACACGUGUGAACGCCACAGAACCACUCCUCCAGAACUGAAAUGCUGUUUUUAAGACACUGCUUUUGCACGUCUAGUGUCAACAUUAACCCACAUGUAGCCUGCCAUGAGCUGCCUUUAAUGUAACUGACACCGCUCUUGAGUAUUGCCGUUGUUGGUUUGUUUACUGAUACACACAUACACAGUGUUAUCGUGCUUUUAGAGAAGUGACCACAAGUUAAUAUGCGGUCUUCUAAGGCUUACAGGGUACUUCUUUUUGGUAAUCAAGCCUGUCCACAGUUUGAUCUACAAUCUGGGAUUGAGUGAACCACAUGUGAGGACGCCUCGGUUCAGUUGUGUGUAGGACACAGGUUGACCUCUAGAGGGUACUAGCGAGACUUUUAGAUUCCUUUACUGAGGGGCAGAUCCAUCUGAAUAACCUCAGUGCUUAACUCUGUUUCACCUUCAACUUUGGCCUCCAGUCGUAGUGAUCAGAUUUCAGUGUUAUCUGGACAUGUUGCAUCAGUGUAUUCAUACUCACAGUUAUUGUCUUAAUGGUGGCUUAAAAGGGAAAAAUGAAGUCGAUAUUUGCCUUAACAUAAAUGCUAGACAUUUCCAUCACAAUGUUGUUGUUCAGGAAGUUCUUUGUUUAACCUGUUCAAUUCAAAGCAUUCAUUGUUUUUUUUUCCUGUAAAAGUCUUUCAGCCUGAUGGAAAAUUUAGUUACUGGAUAGUUGUUGUGCAACAGUUGUCUUAUCUGUGUUGUUCUUGUUUUUUUCGUCCUGAAGGUCUUAAUCAUUUUCUCUGUAAACUUCAUUUGUUGUCUCAUAAUCCGUCAGAUUAAUAUGAACCCUAAAAGAAUUUGAUUUACUGUCUUUUACUACCAAGCGCCACAAAGAGCUGAUGCAGGAACCUGCUUUUCCUUUUUUAUUUUUAGUACAAACACUCAGUAGACGUGUUGACACAUUUUAAACAUCUCCGCAACAUUUUAUUAUCAAGACAAUUACGGUUUUUUUUUUUUUUUUUACAUUUGGUAUUUUGGGAUAGAUUUGAAGGAUUUAAGACUCGCAUUGUUUGCUCUGACUUGGCACAUAUGAUCAACUCCAUGAGAGAAAUACUUAUUAGCACUGACUGUCGGAAAAUUUAAGAGUUUUAAGCAUAGAUAGUCAGUGAACUAAGGGACUUAAAUUAAUCAGAGUUAAAAAUACUCCUGGAUUUUAAAAGUUCUGGUUCUCCUUCAUAAACGCUUUCAUUCUCAGGACCAGACCUCUUUGUAUUUUAUGGUUCUUGAUGAGAUUAGUCCGUUUGUUUCAUAGUGAAACAAUGCCAGAUCGUUCUAAAAUUUAUAAAAACAUUUAGGCGUGAUUAAAUGUUUAGCCAUAUCAGAGCAAAAAGAAAAAAAAAGUGUGUUUAAAAAUGAGCAAAACAGGUAAAUACAGAAUAAUUUCUCUGUGUAUUGAGACACAGCUGUAGAUUUGGUCUAUUAGACAUAAUUAAACCACACAAACUGUAUCCUUGGAAAAGCUCCUGAGGCAAAAUAUCAACCUCAUUGAAGGUCUGAAUGAAGAAAAUAGUACCGUUCAUGAGAACUAAUCGGCUGUGUAGAAACAGAGGGUUCCAAAGUGCUAACUUUUUUGUUUAAUUGUUCAGGAGACAACUACUGAAGGUGCCGAGUAUCUCUGCAUGUCAUUUAUUGAUAUGAAAUUCAUUAAACUUGGGCCAGCAGUAUUGAAUCUGUAGUUUCACACUGGUGCCAUUCUUCCAAGUGCUUUGCUCUUUUUUUAGACCGAGUUUAAUUAGAUGCCUUAAAUUUCUAUCAUAUGAAUUUGACAAUGAUAUGACACCAAGACAGUCUUUUUUUUUUUUACCUAGAAAACCUUUGACAUUUCAAAAAUGUCACGAUUAUCAGCACACCCAUGACACAGCAACUACAGGCAGGACUUUUUCCUGGAAACUAUUUCAGCAAAUUAAAACUGAGUGUGAUUCAUGAGUCAGUUGGAACUGGAAAAACUGUGUGAACUGAAAUGUGAAAUCGAACACUAACUUUACAAAUCACUGCAACUGAUUACGGACAAUAUAUUUCUUUAUUUAUUGCUUUGUAUGUGUUUAUGUCCUGUUUUUGGAAUUCAUCUCUGCAUAGUUAGAUCUUUUUUUUUCCACAGCAAAACUCAAAUGUUCAGUGAAAGGGAAACGGAAUAUAUUUUUGCAAUCUUAAAUGGUGGAUGCUUUAUCACAUUAUCAUCCUCUUAAGAAAAGCUUUCAGCAGAAAAAGUGUAUCGUUGUCCAAGUAUAUGAAAAAUAAAGCUCUUUUCAAUUCA